AUGCCCAAGAACGUCAUUCUAAGCACCGUCGGCCUCAUCCUCCUCUCCACCUCCAUCCUGUUCAUCUGGUUCAUCAUCCUCCCCGGCGUCACGAAUGAUACCCCCUUCAGAAAGACAUACUAUCUUCGCGCCGACACCAGCGGCAUCACAGGUGCCCGACCCAUCUCCCAGUGGACAUACUUCUUCAUCUGUGGUCUCGACAACCAAGAUUGCGGAGAUUCUCAUCCUGCCAUCCCAUUCGGGUUUGCCUGGGACAGCAAUGCGCAGAACGUGCCACCGGGACUUGGUGGAAGCCAUGGCAGCGACACAACGUCGUUCCAUUAUUUUUACAUGUGGCGCUUUGGAUGGGUCUUCCUGCUUAUGACGCUCUUCUUCGAGGUCUUGGCCUUCUUCGCCUCCGUCUUGGCCUUCUUCGGCCGUCUAGGUGCUGCGCUUACCUUUGUUAUCUGUGCCAUUGCUCUCUUCUUCUACACCCUCGCCGUAUCUAUUAUAACUGCUACUUUUGUUGAAGCUCGCAACCGUUUUCACGAUGCUGGCCGGUCGGCCCAGAUCGGAGCUUAUGCCUUUGGUUUUCUCUGGGGUUCAUACGCGGCCCUUAUCCUCUCUACUGUUCUAUUCGCCCUCGGUAUUCGUUCAAGCAACAGUUUUGGGCUGAAACGCGGGCAGAGUGAGAAGGGCUCUCGCGGACGCUCUUAUGACGGUCAUCGGGUUAAGGAAGACUAUUCGUAA